AUGGCUGGCAGCAGCAGCCCACCAGACUACAAAGCUCUUUUUCUGAGGUCGGAGGAAGCACGAGCCCAGGCAGACGCAGCACGAAUCCAAGCAGACGAGGCACGAAUCCAAGCAGACGAGGCACGAACACGGGCGGAGCAGCAACGGGAUCAACAGGCAGAACAACUCCGGCCCACAACCUUUGCCGAACUCCUUCGACAUUGUCACCAUCUCUUGUCCCAACCCCUGCGCGUCGGCCUUCCCCGUCGCUCGACAAAAGGUACCCUCCCUCCGCCCACCGGCAAGUGCUGCCCGUUAAAGCUUCGUCCCUGGACCGACUGUGCAGCCAGACAGCUGGCACUCUACCGCUCUGUUUGCCGGUAUUUAGAGCCACCGGGACAGAGCCCCUCGCAACUUUUUUCAUCUGUGCAUGCGCUAGAGAAUCUUGGCCAACGCAUUCGCGAUCGUCCCAUCACUAGUGAGCAGGAUCUAGCCCAUUAUGAGCGACUCGGCGUAGAGGACCAUGUCCAUGAUAUUAUCAAGGAGCUAUCCAAAAUACAGGCCGCUCGGGACGAGUUUGGCCUGUGUGAUGGUGUCUGGUUCGAGAACCACGGAAACGUUCUUGAUGAGGCAGAAGUGGAGUCCGAAGGCCCUGUCACCCCAUGGUCUUCUAGACCCGACCAGUUUUGUAUCCACCGUGUUGAUGGUGAUACGGGCAGUCUCCUCGCUACAGUCGAAUACAAGCCGCCUCAUAAGCUGUCAGUCGAGAACCUUCGUGUAGGUCUUCGACACCUGGACGCUUUGGACUUUUGGGACGAACUGGUUGGGUCUGACACAGUACCUGUGGCUGAGCCAGAGAAGCUGAAGUACAAUGCAGCGCGGCUGGCAGGAUCAGCUCUGGUACAGGAAUACCACGUGAUGAUCCAGGAAGGCCUUGAAUACUCCUAUGUCAGCACCGGGCUUGCAUUGGUCCUCCUACGAGUUCCCUUGGACGAUCCAAGCACCCUUUAUUACCAUCUCUGUGAACCUAAUGAGGAUGUGAACCACCAGGCCGACCAGGCCAUUCUGCAGCCAACAACCGCUAUUGCCCGAGUGUUAUGCCUCUGUCUGAUGAGCUUCCAUUCACCCUUGCGUGAUCAAAAAUGGCGGAAUCAUGCGCAAACGCAGCUGCCGGUGUGGAAGACAAGUUUUGAUCACACCAGAUCCCAGAUCCCCAAACCUGAACGGCAACAAAAGCCGCCAGACUCAGACUAUGUCAGUCCUGAGGAUACCUCCUCAGAGUACAUGCCGUCAUCUCCUAUCGGGUCUCCCGCAGAACAGGGCCGUCGGAUUCCCACCCGAUCCCAAUCCGGUUGUGCCCCUUCCGAUUCACAUCAAUCUCGAGGGGAUUCGCCAGACUCGGACCCAGACUUAGCAUCGCCGGAAGGACGAAAGCGGGGGUUCAGCCAGGUCACGUCGUCUUCACCCAUAACACAAUCAACUCGCCCAGUCAAACAUGCAGCAUCGGGACAUCAUCGGCAACAUACUGCUCAGUUCUGUACGCAGCGAUGUCUUCUUGGCGUGCAGAAUGCUGGAGAAUUGGACUAUCUUUGUCCCAAUGUGAAGUUGCACCAACUGGGAGGCAACGGCCGUCAGCACCCAGUCAAUGCUGACUCUCUGGUCCAGCAGCUUAAGCAACAACUGGACGAUGACCUUGACUACAACUGCACGCCUUUUGAUAUCUGUGGUUCAUAUGGUGCGCCUUUCAAGAUCACCUCUACUACUCAUGGCUACACCAUGGUCGGCAAAGGAACAACGUCACGCCUGUGGCCAGAGGUGUCACGCGAAGCACAAAUCUACCAAGUGCUCAAAAAAGCCCAAUGUUCCGCCAUUUCUGUUUUCCUCGGAGCAAUUGAUUUAGACAAAACAUACUUCCUGCACGGUGCGGGAGAGAUCCGCCACAUGCUUCUCAUGGCAUGGGCGGGCCAAAGUAUUUGCGAGACCCAGAUUGAUGAGAAGCUAGAGCGUGAAAUCUCGAAAUCCUGUGCAGAAAUCCGCUCGCUGGGAGUCACUCAUGGUGACCUGCGGGAGGAAAAUAUUCUGUGGAAUGCUGAACUUCAACGAGCUCUGAUUAUCGAUUUCCAUCGCUGCCACUUGGACCAUCGGCCUAUCGAUAAACGGCUCAAGUCGCUGAAGAGAGCUUCACCAAAGACUUCACGCAGAUCAGAGACUCGGGAGUUGAAACGGCCGCGUAUGACUGAACGGUAA